AUGCCUAGAAAUAAUAAAUGGCCAUCAAAGUCUCUCCUAUUUUGCGAAUAUAUCGUCGGCACAACCAUCCAAUCUGCCCUCGGCCCCAUCCCCAAGAAGCCUCGCAAGAAACGAGAUGUCGUCACAGUGGAGGUGUUCACCGACGAUGAAACUGAAGAAGAUACCGUCAAAAUAACCUACCCUCGCUCCGGACGGUCUACCAAGCCAGAAACCAAAACGGAUGCAACUGUGAAAAAAGUUCGUUUUGAAGAAGAGCCCAAGAAAUCUGCCCUGAAGAAAACCCCAGCAGCUUCUGAGUCUGAAGACACGCCCACCGACUCAGAAGCAGACACCUCGGCCGAGUCGAGCGACUCAAAACCAAGCGAGCCGCCAUCUCCCCCAAAGAGUAAAAACAAAAAGAAUAAAGAAAAGGGGAAAGAAGCAGCUAAAUCAUCCGAUAGCGAGGAUGACUCCGAGCCCCAUCCUACUUGUGAGUGUUCCAAUUGUACUCGUGGCCGGCAGAAACAGCAGCGGGCAGCAAGCAAAGCUUCCAAAAAAGCCAAACAGUCCGAUUGUGAUUCAGAGGUGGCGACUGACGAGGAGCUUGCAAAAGGUCAGAAGAACGGCGGCAAGAAGGGAAAGGCCAAGGAGAAGGAGAAAGCCAAGGUGGAUAGCUCCGAAGGGGAGUCGCAGGAAGAAUCCGCCAAGGACACAGAUGAUUCCAGUGAUGAAAAGAAGAAGGAAAACAAGCAGCAGGGCAAGAAAAAUAAAAAUAAGAACAAGGAGGCGAAUAAAAAUGAGGACCAAGCUAAAAAUGGGCAGAAUAAGGAUAAGAAUGACGACAAACCCAAGGAUAAAGAACCGGAGAAAGAACCCGAGAAACAACCAGCAGAGUCCACUGAACAGAAAGCCUCACCAAAAGAAAAGGAAUCGGAACAGAAGAAAGAAAAAAGAUACCCGACGCCAUACCCUGGGCCUCACCCUCGCCGUCCGAACCUCAUUGCCCCUAUGCGUGCAGAAGUCGUCCACACCGAGAGAGUCGUCGAAACACCGGAAGAUCCAAUCCCAAAUGCAUAUUACGACGCCGAAAACAACAUUGUCAGAAUCUAUCAUGGCCCCGUGUACGGUCAUCACCACCAAUCUCUUUAUCCCAAGCGAGAUCCGUCACUUCGACCUCUACCGAUUGGCAUGCCACAUCCGACUCAGAACCCGUACUACCAUGGCUUCGACAGAAGUCAAGACAAGACCAGCAUGGAGCACGUGCCUAUUACACAAGGAAUGGCAAUGCCAGCCUGGAAUGCGUUUGCGCCCAUGGGAUUUGCUGGGUAUCCGGGACCUUUCCCAGGCGGACCGUGGCCGCAGAUGGAGCCAGCAACUCAGGCUCAGAACCAAAACCAGAACAGAGGAGCAUUCAGUCUGUUAAACCCUAACCCGAACCCUGUCGGCGCUGCUCCAUCAAGUAAAGAUCAGGACGUUGCUGGCGGGAAUAAUGUCUUCCCUCCUGGGAAGCACAAUUCGUAUCUUCCAAACAAGACCAGAUCCCAAUUCAGUGCAUAUGGAGGCAGCAACGGCUCCGUACGGAACGCCAGUCCCAAGAACCCAAGUCGUUCUGGAGUCGAAAAUCAAGGCCAGAUGUGCCAGCCGCAGCAGAGCGGCUGGGGUAAUGGCAACGGCAACGAAAACGGUAAUGCAAGCGGCAACGGAGGAGCUACAGACACGUGGGGUACUCAGACGCAGGAGAAUGCAUGGGACAGCAACAACAACGGAGGGCCGGGCGGCUCUCAAGAAUUCAAUGCCGGAGAUAACCAGGAGUCAACUUGGAACAACAACAUCAAUGCUGGCAACGACAGCGGCAACAACGGUGGAAGUGAUUGGCCUAGUGGGGGACAGCCUUCCGGCGGCGACGCUACUUGGGAGAAUCAGGAUGCGCAGAAUGGCAGCAAUGAUAACGGUGUACAAUGGGGUGAUACUGCACAGGAUAAUAAUGCCCCCUCGGCAGAGGCGCACAACAAUGUAAUGCCUGGUUCAUGGAGUGGCCCAGCUGAGGCUCCGGCAUGGGGAGAUGCAACGAUGGCGGCGAGUACGAAUGGGAAAGUAGACGCGAUCGGGUGGUGA